AUGGUGAAGAAAACACAAAUUGGAACAUCAGAGAACUGGUUCAGGAUUACAAUUCCUGGUGGGAUCAGAUAUGACAAGAUCUGGCUGAUGAAUUUACUCCAGAACCACUGCAGAGUCCCGUUCACACCUGUGGAUUUCCACUACGUGAAAAACCGGGCUCGGUUCUUUGUCGAGGAUGCCAAGGCUGCCUCUGCGCUGAGGGAGGUCAGCUGCAAGAUUUAUGACAAGGAGAACAGAAAGAUAUGUAUCUUUGUGAAUCAAUCUGGUGAACCUUACUCUGUGUGGAAUAUGUUGGAGCCCGAAGAAAUGGAGCAGCUGGAGCUGACCAUGAAGAAGCGAUACAAUGUCUCACAGCAGUCGCUUGACCUGCAGAGUCUCCGCUAUGACCCAGACUUGGUGGGCCACGAUAUCGAUAUAAUCCUGAAUCGAAGAAACUGCAUGGCUGCCACCCUGCAGAUCAUUGAGAAGAGCUUCCCCCAGCUCUUGUCCAUCAACUUGUGCAACAACAAGCUGUACCAGCUGGACGGCCUGAGUGACAUUGUGCAGAUGGUCCCCACAGUCAAGAUCCUGAACCUCUCCAAAAACAUGCUGAAGUCGACCUGGGAAGUGAGCAAGAUGAAAGGGCUGAAGCUUGAAGAACUUCGAUUGGAUGGGAACCCCUUGUGUGACACCUUCUCAAACAAGUCCAGCUACGUGAGCUCCAUCCUGGAAUUGUUCCCCAAGUUACUCCGCCUGCCCAGAAGUUACCAUUACCAGCCUGCAAGGUAUUUCUGGAUCUAUGACUGUGGGGACAGGAAGAGUCUUCUGAGUAUUUACCACGAACAAGCCUGCUUCACCCUGACUAUUCCCUUCAGCCCUGAGGACCCAUUGAGCAGAUUGUGGCAGUACUUCAAGGACAGCAAGAACAUCACAAACUUCAGCGAACAGUGUAAAGACAUGCGUUAUCAGCUCCUGAGACACACAAGCCUUGACAUCGUGAGCACCCUGUGCAUGUUGCCCCAAACGCAACAUGACCUCAACUCCUUGCUAGUGGACUUGUGGGUCCACAUGGAAACCAUGCUCUGCUUCUCUGUCCAUGGGGUGUUCAAGGAAGUGGAUGGAAGGUCUCCAGGCUCUAUUCGUGCCUUCACCAGGACCUUCACUGCUACCCCCGGCAGCAAUUCCAGUCUCUGCAUCUUGAAUGAUGAGCUCAUUGUGAAGGACACCACCAUCGAGACCCAGAAUGUGUUCUCCAUUUCAAUGCCCACUGCAACCUCAAAUUCUGUGCCUAUCCUCUCCCAAGUGCCCCAUGAAAUGGCAAAGGCCAUUUCCACCCCAUCUGGGAUGACCCUCGAGUGGAUGACCAUCCCCACCCCCCCACCCCCCGCCUGUUGUCCUGUAGAAGUAUCUACAUUUAAAGUGUGUGGACAGCUCCUGAGUUCAAAGGAGAAAUUAGGAAGUUCAAAAGACCUUGAGAAUGUGGCUCUUGCUCAUUCAGAAUACAAUGGCAGUGGUACCUCAUCUCAAGAGAAAAAGAAAGAUCGCAAUUCUUUGGGACAUAGUUGCGAUGGGAGUGACACUAAUGAUGAACACAGUGAAUAUGGUGCUCAGUCUCCAAACUUGCAGGAAAAGAAUGGAAACGGGGAGAUGAAAAAUGGACAAGAGGACCUAGAAAUGAAACACAAUCCCAAUGACAUCCAACGAAACAAGAGGUCAGUGAAAUGGCACGAUGAGGACAGCAUCCAUAUUAAUAUGUGGAAUGAUAAAAGGCCUGCAGGGAGAAAAAUGGGAGAGAAUCCACUAGAUGAUAUAGCAGCAAACUGGUUUAGGAUCACAAUUCCUAAUGGGAUGAAUUACGAUAAGACCUGGCUAAUAAAUUUACUCCGGAACCAUUGCAAAAUACACUUCAUUCCAGUGGAUUUCCACUAUGUGAAAAACCGGGCUCGGUUCUUUAUCCAGAAUGCCAAAGUUGCCUCUGCAUUGAUGGAUGUCAAUAAUAAGAUUUAUGAUGAGGAGAAACAAGAGAUCUCUAUCUUAGUCAAGAAAUGUACGGAGCCUUACUCUGAUUGGAACAUGUUGGAACUAGAAGAACGGGACAAGCUAGAGGUAGAAUGGACUCGAUGCAUGUUGUGUGCCCACCCAAACCCACAGCCAGACCUGCCUCUUUUACCCAUACUAAAUUUGCGAUCCGCAUCACACCUCAAAAUGGCCCUCUCCACCUCUCCCUGCAGGUGA